UUAGCUCAGUUUCGAAGCGGUCUUACCUCUGAACAGUCUAGGCUCUUAAGCAUCCAACUUUUGAGCAGUGCAAUCUGUUAAGCCUUUAAAUAUUAAAGAGAAAAAUUUGUGAUUGAAUUUUUAAUAAUAAAUUGUCGGAAAAAUAUUUAUUGGCAUACAGCGAGGUUCCACAUAAAAAAGACUUCUUGGUGAUAAUGAACAUAUCCAUUAAUUUCGGUCUCGUAUUAGUGCUUCGUGAUACAACAACUUUCAGGAGGAAAAUUUUGCCUAAGACGACAUUUUUUUGUGUUCUAAAAUAUUUUGAAAAAUAAAUAUAAAGGAAAAGUUCUUCCUUUCGGAAUAUUUCUCACGAGUAGCAAAAUAAUCACGAUGGCGACGGAAAAUACACCCCUUCUAAAUGGAUGUGUCAUCAACAUGCCGAAAAAUAAAAGUAUUCCAAUGUUUGGAAACUUGAUGAAAGGGUUAAGCCUCGAGGAGUUAAUGCCCUUCGAUAACGAUCCAUGGUGGCAGAAUAUGCGUAGAAUAACGAUGACGCUUUUUUGGACUGUACUAUUUGUAAUACUGACUGCAGCUUGCAUCAUCGCCGUCACUGAACAUAAUCAGGGACAUUGCUCAGCAAAGAGUAACGUGAUCAAAAGACAAAUUGUUCAAGGACUAUUAAGUCCAAAUGGAACGAGUUCAACUGCGACUCAUCUUGUGAAUACUGCAAGUGUAAUGUUAGCCCUCUGAAGAACAGCCUUAACUACUAAUUAUAGCUCCACAAUUAAUUUAAAAUAUGUAUGUCCAUAUAUUAUCAUCCUGAAGAUAAUUGGAACUUUGUAACAAUGAAGUUGGCGUGCGUUUAAAAUCAAUUUCAACUUCAGUUUACUAAGUAGUGAAGGCAGCAUUAGAAAUGAGUCACAGAAAAAUUUAUUAUUGCCUGCAGGACAUUGCGAAAAUUGUUAAAAAAAGUAUACAUUUUAAAGAGAAAUUUAUGAUUUUAAAUCCAAAACCAUGUUUUAUUCCUGAUCUCAUACGGAAAGAUAACAUGCUUAUUGUGGUUCAAUUUUCUGAAAAGUUAUUCUCGAUGUAUUUUUAAAUACGAAACGGAUGUCAUUAAUAUCGAGGAUAUCUUUAAAAUAACAAAUAAUAUGACAUUGAAUAACAUAAAAAAAUGAGCGUAUGCAAUGUUAUAAUUUCUGUACCCUGAUGAAAUACAUAACAAUUAUUUCAUUAGACGGAUUGCCAUUGGCGCAAAUAGAGACUUGAUAAGCAAAAAUAUGAAAAGCCGGCGAGAGUACCGUCCACAGAACACGCAAGUUAAAUAUUAAGAAGGUCAACACGAUUGUUGCCCUAAAUUCGAUAGGGCAGACGUCAGCAUCAUACAGCAUUUUCGGUUGAUUGUUCUUUAUAUUUGAUUAUCUGAUAUGACUAAAAUGUUAGUAUUAAACGAAAAGUAGUCUUUAGCCUAUUUAUAGAAAAAUAAAUUUGUGAUGCAUGUUUGAAUUUAACUUAUAUUUUGUGAAAUUACUAUAUGUGUAUAGCAAGCAAGACAUCUUUAUUUUAAUAAACAUGACAUUCUCGAAUGUCGACAAAUAUACUUA